UACGGGGCGGAGACAUGGGGUUGAAUGUAUAUGAUGCUCUAACCUGAGCAGGGUGUGCCUUGUUGUUGAGAGUCGGAACGUAGUAGCAGACGACCGAAAUUGAGAAAGACCUCAAACAGUUUAAUUGAUAAAUCGGAAGAUUCAGGAAUGUCUUCCAAACACAACGGCAGUCCACCGCCCUAUGAAUCCGAUGGAUAUCAUGCGCCGUCCCAGACGGCAUACUCCUUCUACCCGGAUGACGAAUUCCAGCACUUCUACAAAUGGACGUCCCCACCAGGCAUCAUGAAGAUGAUGUCCAUCAUCAUCAUCAUCCUUUGCGUGGCCAUAUUUGCCUGUGUGGCCUCCACAUUGGCCUAUGACACCCAGGGAGGGAUGGCUGGUUUUGGGGGCAUGGGGAGCUAUGGUGGUGCCGGUUAUGCCGGCGGCGGUAGCUAUGGCAGCUUCGGUAGUGGCGCGUAUGGCGCCGCUAACAACUACGGCUACGGCGGACUUGGCGGAAACUACUACGACCCCCGCACGAGCAAGGGGUUCAUCAUUGCAAUGGCGGCCUUCUCCUUCAUCACGUCUCUUACCAUCUUCAUCAUUGUGGUGUCACGGAAGACCAUAUCGGAGUCUAGGAGGUUUUACCUGGCUGUGUUGAUAAUCUGUGCUAUCCUGGCCCUGCUGAUGCUCAUAGCGACUAUAGUGUACUUGUUGGCAGUGAACCCCAUGGCUCAGUCCACAGGCUCCAUCUAUGGGAACCAGAUAGCAGGUCUGUGCUCCCAGUACCAGGGGCCCCAGGCCUCCGGGAUGUUGAUCAACCAGUACCUUUAUCAUUACUGUGUGGUGGAGCCCCAGGAGGCCAUAGCGAUCGUGUUUGGCUUCCUGGUGACGGCUGCUCUGAUCAUCAUGAUGGUGUUUGCCCUGAAGACGCGUCAGAAGAUCCGAAGCUAUGGCAAGUCCAACAUCCUGUGGAGGAAGGUGAAGAUCGUCAACGAGGAGAACCCAAACCAGGAUGUGGAGGCUUGGGUGAACAAUGUGUCCGGUGAUCCAAAUGAAGGUGUGGUGUUAAAUGAUUACCCACAGAAGUUUGGAGGGUCCAGGAGUCACCUGGACGACACCAGCACCACCUACGAAAAACCUCCAUAUUAUGAAAGCCCAGUCCCUCCAGUACACAUGGAUUAUACUGUGCACAAUAGUGCCCCCUUCAGCAGUGACUCAGAAAGGGCCAGUUCAGCAGCAGGGAAGCCAAAGAAGAGACGGGCUGGUCGGCCUCGCGGUGCAGAGGACGACUAUGCGUCCUCUGGGGACGAAUUGGACGACGACAACGACUUUGACAGUGAGUUCCCUCCCAUUACUAAUGAUCAGGAACGUACGGACUACAAGCAGGAAUUUGAUCGUGACCACCAAGAGUACAAGGACCUGCAGGGACAGCUAGACCUCAUCAAUAAGAACCUUUCAGAUGUAGACCGAGAGCUGGAUGAGCUGCAGGAGGGAAGCUCACAGUUUUUGGAUGCUAUGGAUGAGUACAACAAGCUCAAGGACAUGAAGAAGUCUGCAGACUACCAGGUAAAGAAGCGCAGGUGUAAAUACCUGAAGGCCAAACUAUCUCACAUCAAGAAGAUGGUAGCUGACUACGAUCGUGCACCCUGAUUAUCUGACAUCAACUUGUGUACUGCUUCCAAGUCAGUUUGCACCAGCUGUGACGAUAGUGGUUUGCGUUUGAUUCCGAAUCUUCUUAUUCUUUUCGGGUUUGCCCCAAUGGCGCUAGCAUUCAGUUUGAUGCAAUGUAUUUAUCAUGAUGUAUGCUUGUGUGGAUAUUGGAACGUAGCCUUUUUAAUGGAAAUGUUCUGGUUUAAGUGUACUGCAAGGCUUUACUGAGAAGUGUCCCAACAUGAAACUCUACUGUCAGUGGAUAGACAUGCUAGGGCUCCCCCAAUCCACAUGAUAUCCAAUAUAUCCAGAGUAUGCUAUAAAGCUGAUAGUAUCUUCGAUAUACUUUUGGUGACGAUUGCUCUGAUACUCUGGGUUUGUUCUUUUUUAGUUUUUCUGAAAAUGCUGAAAAUAUAUUUUAAGGUGUGUUACUAUUUGUAUUUUACUUUUUGUAUUGAAUUUUUGAAUGUGUGUUCAUUUAAUCACUUGCAUAAUUUCAAUUUUCUGAUGUGAAUGGAACUCAAAGCUUAGUUUUUCCUACAAGUCGAUUCUGUUGGUAAUGUUGGAAGUCCGGUGAUAGGAAAAAGACAAACCUUAAACUGUGAAGACUUGGUUUAUCACCUGGUAUAUUUUUAUUACUUUCUUUACACUAUUCUUUUAGACAAAAUGUUCACUCUUCACAAGGUUUGCAAUGUGUAAAAAUACCAAAGUUGUAUAGACUUGUGGUUUCGAAUAGGCAUGCUAUUUCCUUGGAAGGUGUGAUUUUUUUAUAACCGGUAUACAGCCACACCAGUCUGUUGGGGGUUUACCAACACAAAUAGUUUUAAAAUAUUCUUCAUGGGAAACAAUUUUUCAGUAAAGAUCCUAUUUCAUACGCACCUGGAAACCCUAGACAGUUAGUUUUUGUCUCCUUGUGAUGUAAUAUUUUGUCUGUUGCUAAAAACUUUGUUACAGUUCAAAUCAAGAUGCAUAUAUCAUUCUGUUCAUUUUACACCUUUUUAUAUAUUAAAUAACUUUUUUCUUCCAGAAAUGCAAUAAAGCCCCUUUUAUUACA